ACGGGGCGGGCGACAGCGGGACGGGCUGAGCGGGGACGGGCUGCGCUGCACCGGGACGGGUUGCUCCGGGACGGGCUCCGCGCUGCCGCCAUGCAGAUGUCCUUCUACUUCUCGGACACGGUGGUGCUGCUCUUUGACUUUUGGAGCGUCCACACCCCCACAGGGAUGGCGCUCUCCGUGCUGGUGAUCCUGCUGCUGUCCGUGCUUUACGAAGCCGUGAAGAUGGGCAAGGCCGUGCUGCUGCGGCAGGCGCUGCUGGCUCUGCCCCGCAGCAUCAGCCAGGAGUCGCUGCUGGAGCCCAAGGAGGGGGACACCGGCCCCACGCAGGGCAGGUGGUUUCGGUACCACGUCGGCCAGACACUGUUCCACGUGGUGCAGGUGGUGCUGGGCUACAUGGUGAUGCUGGCCGUCAUGUCCUACAACGCCUGGAUCUUCCUGGGGGCCAUCGCCGGCUCCACGCUGGGCUAUUUCGUGGUGUACCCCCUGCUCGGUCGGGGCUAGAUCCACCCCCCCGCCCCGCCUAGUCCCCCCGGGAUGGUGGGUGAUGUGCUCCACGCCUCCUGCUACCUUGUGUGGAAUAGCUGCUGUGACUUCUGCUGGGUCUGUCCUUGUCCCCGUGCUGUGUGGGACGCAGCACCCCAGGGACAUGCUGUGGGGACCCUCAGUGCUGGGGGAGGCGCUGGGAGCCCCACGGCCAGCACCCUGCCACGCGUCCACGCUCCUCGGCGGGUGGCUGUCCCCCGGCUCUCAGGGAGCUUUGGCCGGGUGAUGACAGUGGGGGGGUGCUGGGCAUUUCCUUCCCCCCCCACAGACACUUUUCGGGGGGGUGGGUUCAUCCUGGCUGGAAUGGGAAUGGUCCAGUGUGCAGGGAAGGGGACGUGCUGGGGACAGGCACCCGGAGCUGCUCUGCAGCAAGCCCCUCUUCACACAGUGCCUUUUGGGAGUAAUGGGGGGGGGGGGGGAGUGGGUCCUGCUGCCCCCCCCCCCCUCCUGCACAGUGCUUCAGGGAUGGGGUGGGAGCACCCCCCGCACCGUCGGGGUGGCCGUGCCGAGGGGAAGCUGCUGCUGCGGGUGCCUCUUGCUGCUUCCUCGGGACACCCCUUUUAAUAAAAAUCAUCUCGGGUGGUCGAGUCCUGGCUCGUGUUGCCGCUGGGUGGCCCCGGGAUGUGACACCCCCCCGCCCCUGCACCCCCAGUCACAGUGGGAGGGGGGAGCCCCAGCCCUACCC